UUGCUCACUUCGUGCUACCUUCAAACACAGCUGCAUCUUAUCAAGUUCUACAGAGGACAGAAAAUAUCAGAGAGGGCUGUGAGUUUUGAAGAGCACUUCAGCUGUCACCUCCACAACACAAAUGGAAGUGGCUUUGGUCGUGAUUGUGUUGGGGGCGACUGGUGAGAUCUUGCAUACUGAUGUAACGAUUACAGAUACGAACAGCACAGAUCUCCAUCUUUCUGCUCUUGCAAAGAAAUGGAAUCAUCAUACAUACGGCGGCUGUCCUGUGGACAAAGGUUAUGAGCUUUACCACAAUCGGUGUCUGAAGCUGUACACCACCAAGCAAGACUACCAGACUGCCAAAAACCGAUGUGGAGAUGACGGAGCUCAUCUCUUUAACUUGAAGUCACGUGAGCUGGACGUCCCGCCAUUGCUGUUGCUGAUGGACACGAACGGGCAAGUGCUUAGUUCAACGUUCGGUCAAGGCUUGUGGGUUGGAGCAGAUGACAUUACGACCGAGGGUCACUUCCUGUGGAGCGAUGGUAUCACCUUGUUGAGGGACUCCGGACUCUGGGAACGCGGCCAGCCAGACGACGGUGGGAGCAACGAGGACUGUGUUGAGGUCCUCCGCCCGAACAACGUCUCGAUCAAUGACUUGCCCUGCUCGAAAAAGUUGGGCUUUGUCUGUCAGGCAGACAUCAAAAUGCUGUGAACGAACGAACAUUUGCUGUCUUGAAGACCUCGUCGGGAUUCGUCCUCAUGUCCUGUCCAGCUUGCCACAGUCCUAAUCUUCUUUUCGUAUCGUAUCCGUGGCAUUAUAUGGCUCAUGAUGGCAUUCUCGUCUCAAUGAAUUAAAGAAAAGACAUAUCCCCAACUCCAA